AUGAGUGAAAUGAACGAUUUCGAUCAAUUCAACCUUAACGCAUACGAUGAUACCAAUAGGGUAGUAACUGGAGAAAAGAACAUUAUGAACAAUGGGGAACGUAGCAUUAAUGAAGAAUUAGGCUUAUCAAAUGAACUGAAUGAUAACCAUAUGGAGGAAGACCAUAACUAUAACCACAUAAAUAUGUCACUUAACAGUAUAUACAGUGACAUGAAUGUUACUAAAAGAGAAAUAGAAGAAAGCUAUAGUAAUAGUAGCAAUAAUUACAAAUUUGGAGAUAACAAAGUUGACAGCUCUAAUAACUGCAGCAUGAAUAAGUACGACUCACUUUUUGGAAAAGAAAAAAAGCUGUCUUUUGAAAAUUCGUAUGAACAAUUUUACGAAAAGGAAUCUGAUAUAUCAGACACAGAAGUAUCUACCACUUGGCAAAGCGAAAGAUUAAAAAGAAUUGAGGAAAGAAAAGAAUACGAAAAAAAUAAAAAAAUUGAAAUAAAAAAAAAAGCUGCAGCAGAUUUAAAAAAAUGGUAUGAAGAAAUGGCUAUUCUAAUCGAAGAAAAAAAAAAAUUGUCCAAAAAAAAAAUAAAUGAAGAAAAAAGAAAGGAAGAAAAUCUAGAAAAUAAAACUUGGUUAAAAAUAUCGCAAUAUUUAGAUCUAGACAAAGGGGAAUAUUUUAAAGAGAAUAGUAGAAUGAAACAGGUUCUCUUAAAGUUAAUGAAAAGUGAGGGUUCAUGA